AUGAAGACCUGUUUAGACAUUAUGACUGAUUUCAUAGACAGGAGGGUAAAUAUUUAUGUCAAUCGUCUCAAGGAACUAGUUGCCAUUCCAAGCAUUUCAGAAGAUACCAGCCACAGAUUGGAUGUCCUAAAAGCACUUCGUUGGUGCGGGAUCCGAUUAAAGAACAUGGGCUUUGAAGUUUGCUAUCGGAAAGUCGGCAAGGAACUUAUUUAUGAGGGCGAUCAGGUACCUAUGAAACUAAACGGAGUCGCCAAUAUGCCCCCCAUUGUUUGUGCCAGUCUUGGACAUGAUCAGAAUAAAGCUACUCUUCUUAUAUACGGACAUGUUGAUGUUAAGCCAGUGUCUCCACAAGAAUCUUGGAAAGCGGAUCCCUUUGAUUUGACCAUCAUAGAAGGAUUUAUGUAUGGACGGGGUGUAGCAGAUGACAAAGGACCCGUCGUUGGGUGGAUUAAUGCCAUAGAAGCUUUUAUUCAAUGCAAGGAAGAUCUUCCGAGACCAAUUAUACGACNUAUAUCUGAUAACUACUGGCUAAACAUGAAUACUCCAUGUUUGACUUACGGUCUCAGAGGCGUCGUAUACUUCCACGUUUUCGUUGACGGCUCAAACCGCGACCUCCACUCUGGAAGUCAUGGAGGGGCAGUCCAGGAACCACUAGCAGAUCUCCAAGCUCUCAUGAACUCAUUGGUGGAUUUUAAAGGGGAUGUUAUGGUCCCAAGAAUUCUUGACGCUGUACGUGAACCGGAAGAGGGUGAAAUCAAGCGCUUUGAAACUCUCGACUUUAAUACCACCAAAUACGGCACACAAAUCGAAACUAAGGCUCUGCAUACUCAAGAAAAGGUGGAGACGCUGGUUCGCAGAUGGCUUCUUCCUUCCAUUAGUUUUCAUGGAAUUGAAAAGUCCUUCGACAACGUCGGUUCCCCUACACUUAUACCCAAAUCUGUUAUGGGAAAGUUCUCGAUUCGACUUGUUCCUGAUCAGGACCCAAAUAUAGUUAUCAGACAAGUUGUUGAAUAUCUUCACAAAGUUCAUCUUCGAAGGUGCAGCCGAAACAAAGUUACAAUCAAGGUCUUUCGAGACGGGCGUCCAUUCUUGGGAGAUCUUUCAUGCCCAAAUUAUAAAACUGCUUGCCUUGCUCUCACUUACGUCUGGGAUAGAGCACCCGAUCUUAUUCGUGAUGGCGCUUCGAUUUCCAUGGCUACGAUACUCAGAGAACAAACAGGUAAAGAUGUGGUUCUUAUUCCAAUGGCAGAAUGUCAAUCUUUUGCUCACGAAGGUGAUGAACGGAUGUCCGUUCGAAAUUACAUCAACGGUAUCAAGGUUUUUGCAACUUAUAUGGCGAAAUUGAGAAGUCUGAAGUCGAAUUGUGUUAUGCCGAAGAGUUACAGGAGUUGUCAAUAA